AUGGCUUACAAUGCAGGGCUCCCUCUUCUGGAGAAAUCAGUUGACGUUCCAAUCUGCCUGAAGUGUUUUAAGGAACCCCUGAUGUUACAGUGUGGACACUCCUACUGCAAGGACUGUUUGUGGGGACUGAAGAAGGAAUCAGGUUCUCAGCUACUUUGCCCAAUUUGUCGGCAGGAGGUGGACUACAGGGCAUCUCCUCCUAAUGUAACCGUUAUGCAUUUGAUUGAUGCUCUUAAGCUAUUGAAUGAUGAACAAACAGGAAUAGAGUGUUGUCCGGAGCACCAUUACCCACUAAGUUUGUACUGCGAGCAGGACCAAGAGGUCAUUUGUGGUCAUUGUGGCAUUAUUGGGGCUCCAUCGGCAGCACAGAUCACACCUCUCACAAGUGUAUACUGCAGAAUGAAGGAAGAAGUGUCUGCACUGGUUACAGAGCUACAGAGACAGAAGAGAAAAUUAGAGGAGCAAAUUAACAAACUCAUCAACAACAAAACUCGAAUCACGAAUGAGUCUGAUGUCUUCCAGCAUUUAAUCUACAAAGAAUUCCGUGAGCUACAUAAGUACAUUGAGGAAGAAGAGACCCACUUUCUUCAGUUAGUGACACGUAAAACUUCAGACCUCAUUGGCUCGAUUGAAGCACAACUACAGCAAAAAAAUGAGAUCCUGAGUAAAGUGUGUGAGAAUGAGAGGCAGCUAGAGACUUUGGGCAAUGAGAAUCACCUGCAAUUUAUCCGGAACUACAGUUCAGUCACUUCCAGGUCACAACCCUCUUAUACAAACUGUGCAGAUUCAUCUUACAAUGCUGUAUCCUUUAAGCCUGGAUUUAGACCAGAUGGCAUCAAGCUCACAGUCUGGAAGCGGCUACACAAGAGGAUCCUUCCCACUCCGGAGAUAUUAAAGCUCGAUCCCCUCACUGCACAUCCCUUUAUAGAACUCAGCAAAGGAGACACAGUGGUGAAGUGUCGCGCACCUACUGGUCGUCGGGGUAGUAACCCAGAAGGCUUUGAUUCUAACAGCUUUGUUUUGACAACUCGUGGUUUCUCAUCAGGGAAACAUUAUUGGGAAGUAAUCGUUGGAGCCAAGCAAAAGUGGAGAAUUGGAGUAAUCAAGGGCACAUCAAGCCGAAAGGGCAGGUUGAUUCGGACACCUGAGGCAGGAGCCUGGCUUAUUGGACUGAAAGAGGGGCGGUUAUAUGAAGCUUUCACAUCUCCACGUGUCACAUUGCCAAUCAGCACUCGACCUCAGCGCAUUGGCAUCUUUCUGAAUUAUGAGAAGGGGGAGUUGACAUUCUAUAAUGCUGACAGCCCAGAUGAGCUGAUUACGUUAUAUACGUUUCAAGCAGAGUUCCAGGGGACACUGUACCCAUUGCUAGAUGCAUGUUGGCUGGAGAGAGGGGUCAAUCUCCUUCCUCUUAUGCUGCCCCAACCCUGAAGAAGGCAUAUGCUGACAAUGUACAGAAAAAGUGUUUACCCAAGACAAAUAAAUCACUGCUCUUGUAUUUAUUUUAAAGGGAUAUUAAACUCAAAAUGAAAUUCUAAUAUAUUAAUUAAUCUAAUUAAAAAUUAAACAGCAUUGCAAUAUAUGUUAAGAAUUUAUUUUGAUUGCUCUUGCUGUAAAAUACUCUCUGUAGAAUGGCUGUAGGUCAAAUUAUAUUAAGUUAAUAAACAUUAAUAAAGUAAGAGUAUUACAUGUUUUAAAACA